GCAAAUGAACUUUCUGAUUUUUUCCGGUGCAGCAUUAUGACAGACGAGGGCAAUAUGAAGUUGCUCUUUCCAAAAUUGACGAGGCCAUAGAACACACACCUACUGUUAUUGAUCUAUAUUCUGUCAAGGCUAUAGCAUUAACAGUGGUAUCUAUCGGUGUUGUUGUGGCUACGGUGACUGAUCUGCAAUUCCAUUUUUUUGGUGCAUGUGUGGCAUUGGCGUGGAUUGUACCAAGUGCUGUAAAUAAAAUCCUCUGAUCUCGACUGUAGCAGCAAGAGAACUAGACAGCUUUGUCGUGAUCUGAUAUGGAAAAGAACACCUAUUACGUUGAUUUUCCUGGCUGCUAUGAUGCCCUGCUUAGACCCUCCGGGUGUCCUAUCCUUUGGUUGGAACUUCAGAAACACACCCGUGAUUUUUGGCUCGGCAAUUCUUGGAUUCUUGCUUCAGUGGUCUGGUGCUUUAGCAUUAGGGUGGCCUAAAGGUCAUGCAACAAAGCUCACCUCCUUUCAAGAAAGUAAUAGUGAAAUCCAAACUUCAUGUUCAGAUAUUGCAAAGUCCACCAUGGACAUAACCAAGAUUCAGAAAGAGGAAGCCAAAAUCGUUGCAUGGGAAAGCCAACAGAAGGCAAAGGCUAAAGCAACAAUACGCAAACUCGAGAUGAAACUGGAAAAGAAGAGAUCGUCAUCAAUGGAUAAGAUUCUAAACAAGCUGAGAAGGGCGCAGAUGAAAGCUGGAAAGAUGAGAAGUUCAAUGGCAAUGCCUCAAAAACAAGAACAAGGACAACAGGGCAAGCAGAAUUCCAACCCUCUCAAGGUUUUUUCAUUACCAAAUUAUAUUCAGUUAUGGUCUUCAAGCAGAUGCUUUAGCACUUAUGAUCACUGAUUCCACUCUUAGACG